AUGGACGGACAGGCCGCCAAUGGCGCGGCCGGCUUGGGUCAGAAUAUCACCUCCGUGAACGGCGCGAUUUCCGACAUAAUAUCACAGAUCCACCAGGCCCUCGAGGCUAUACACAACCCUUACUCGCCCAAUGACUCCCGUCGAGACGCGCAGGCCUUCCUCGAAAACAUCAAGGGCAUAGACGAAGCUCCAUUCCACGGUUUUACCCUUGCCUCCGACAAGUCCCAGUCACCCGUUGUGCGCCAUUAUGCCCUUUCCCUUCUUGAGCAUGCGAUCAAGCACAGAUGGGCCGACUAUAGCGAGCAACAGUCCUCUACUCUCCGUGGUUGGAUGCUGGAGCUCUGCCGCAGCCUGUCGAAGGACGAUCCCUUAUACAUCAGAAAUAAAACGGCUCAAUUAUGGGUUGAAGUUGGCAAGAGAUCAUGGGGCGCCGAGUGGAUGGACAUGGAUGAGCUUUUGCUUCGCUUAUGGCAAAUUCCUGAUUCUGCUGUUCACAAAGAGCUCGUUCUGUUCGUCUUAGAGACACUCUCCGACGAAGUCUUCAACGGCGACGAUGCCGUGGUCGCCAUGCGCGAAGGAGUGCUCAGCAGGAGCUGUGUCGAGAUUUUUACUCCGGCCACAGUCCUUAGAGAGGCUUUCCCGAACAGGACUGCUGGCCCCGAGGUGCGAUAUGGGGAAGAAGGUUGGCUAAGCCGGGUAUCCGAAUUUCUCAGUCAGUGCCUUCAAGGGGAUGCUCAGAACAACGACCAAGUUCGGUCUUGUGCCGUCAAAUCCUUGUCCGUUUUCCACUCUCUGAUGCCCUGGGCCAUACCCAAGGCUGUUGCCGUGGCCAAUUGCGUGCCUGUCAUGUGCAGAGCCCUUGCGACACCCGAAGUGUCUAUUCAGAAGGCAUCUCUGGAGGCCUUACAUGCACUUUACUCCCGGUCAAACUUCACCGAACAAGAGUUUAAGGAUCUCGUUGCACCCAUGUAUGAUGCCAGCUCAGUAGACCUCUUGAAGAGGCUCUUCGAGUGGUCGGCUGUUGACGUGGACGACAUUGAUGAGGACAAAUACCAAUUCGGUAAAAACCCAAGUCUGAUCAUCGCCAUACCCGUAUUAGCUACGUGGACGCGGCUACUCAACAACAGACUCAUCGGACAGAGCCCAGCUAAUACUCAUCUCGUCGGCCCACUGCUCGAGGUCUGUGGUUCCCGCCUAAUCCGUUUUGAGAACCUGCCGGAAGACACUCAGGACCCAACCUUCCUCUUCCUGAUGGAAGAUACUGAUACCGUCCCGGAACGACAUGCUUUUCUCGGCAAUUACAGAAGGUUCAGCACACAGGUCAUUGAAACAAUUGUACAACUGAAGCUUUCCGACGCGGUUUACCAUAUUCUUGGCCAAGCCGAGCAAGUCUUGCAGCAUCUAUAUGACGGUCACCCACCGAUGGAUGUGUCCAAGUACAUCAAGCAUUCAAUGCCUGUUCUGAGCGUUGACGCACAAUUCACAGUCAUCGAGGCGGCGCUGAAAGGCUACAUGAAGUGGAGAGCAAGCACGACUCAACAGAGCAUGCCAGACUACGAACAACAGCGCGCUGCUCUAGAGAGAGAUCUGGAGUCCUGGUGCAGCAAACUCCUCGAAAUGAACUUUGAGGACCCUCUGAUUCGGAAGAGAGUGCUACAAUUGCUGGUUGCUUUCUCUACUACAGCUCUCGACAGGAAUCCAGGAUUCAUGCUCAAAGUCCUCGAACACAUUCUCAUGACAUGGCCUGCUCCUCGCCCAGAGCACCGAGCCUUUAACGAGGCGAUCAAGGAUUUCCAGUCCGAAAGCAUGGUUGAGCUGCAGCGACUAGCCUCAAAGGUCCCUGACCACCUGCUAGGCGUAUAUGAUCACAUAGAGGCAAAGGUUAACGACAUGAUAACCUCGGGAAGCUUGGACGAGAAACGACAAAUUGCUUACCAGAGCUUUCUCUUCAUCAUCAUUCACCGAGCCACCAAUAUUGACCCUUCCACACAGUUUGAGCGUUUGCAGGGAUUCAUCAAGCCAGUCACAAGCCUAUGGCAAAACCACGAAUUGAAAAGUGCUCUGUCAUCGUACGCGGGCUUUUGCGAAUUGAUGGCCCUGGACAAAGCCAAGCGAUACCUCAUGAGCCAUCGCGUCCAUGAAGUCAAGGAUUGGGGCUCUAGCGAGCUGGAUGCAGAGGGUCUGGCUCUCCAGAAACUGCCCCCUGAAAUGCGGUCCGUUGUUGGCGGCGUUCUCAGUGAUCGUUUUUGGCAGGCGGGAAUUUCUGAGGGCAGCAAAGAUGAAUUCUAUGCCCGCGUCAUGGACAAGAAACACACUCUCGAAGGGCUCGCUUCGACGAUAAGGGGAAGCGUGAGGUUCGUACGAGAAACAUGCUAUGCCAUUAUCUACUGCAUGAGCCGUUUGGAGAUGCAGUUCUAUGGCUUCAGCGAACUGCCGAACCCCCUUGCACAAGCGCUUUUCCAAAAUUCUUUCUAUCUCUCUGCACAUCAGCAGAUCAACUUGCUGAAUCUCGUGCGUUAUCUGGUGGACGAUUGUCCACUAGAGCAACCUUGCUUCCAACAGAUGGAUGCAAAGAUCAACUCGGAGUGGGAGAAGCUGGAGCGCCAACAAGCAAUUGACGCUGCUGGGGAUGCGCUUACCGAGGAGAUGAAAUCGGAAAGCAUCUUGCGCCAGGUCACUUACACUGCCGUGAUCAUGGUGGCGGAUUUCCUGGAUCCCACUAAGAGAAGUAAGUAG